GGCAGCCAAUCAAGAAGCGUAAGAGCUACUGCAGGUGCAAAGCAGGGCUAGCCGCUGCAGUAAAGCCGAAGAGAAAACCCAUUUCAUGAUGGCGUCUGCAAAUGCCACAUACGGGCAGAAGGAGUCUACGGACCAAAACUUUGAUUACAUGUUUAAAAUCCUCAUCAUUGGCAACAGCAGCGUAGGAAAGACUUCCUUCCUUUUCCGCUAUGCAGAUGACUCAUUCACGCCAGCCUUUGUCAGCACUGUGGGCAUCGACUUUAAGGUCAAGACCAUCUACAGGAAUGACAAGAGGAUAAAGCUUCAGAUAUGGGACACUGCUGGGCAGGAGCGCUACAGGACAAUCACCACAGCCUACUACAGGGGUGCCAUGGGCUUCAUCCUCAUGUAUGACAUUACCAAUGAGGAAUCCUUCAACGCUGUGCAAGACUGGUCGACCCAGAUCAAGACAUACUCGUGGGACAACGCUCAGGUCCUGUUGGUGGGGAACAAGUGUGAUAUGGAAGACGAGCGAGUGGUGGCUGCAGAGAGGGGCCGACAGCUGUCAGAACAGCUGGGUUUUGAGUUCUUUGAAGCAAGCGCUAAAGACAACAUUAACGUGAAGCAGACAUUCGAGCGGCUCGUGGACAUCAUCUGUGAGAGGAUGGCAGAGAGUCUGGAUAACAACGACCCCACCAUCACCGGAGCUAAACAGGGGCCACAGCUCAGCGAGCAGCCUCAGAGGUCCCAUCAGGAUUGUGCUUGUUGAACACAGCUACACACACGUCUGCUGUCAUGAGAUCCACACACCUUGUUAGGUUUUAUUUUUGAGUUUUGCUUUCUUUUUGUUUGUUUUCAUACCACACACAGAAACUGCCAUACAUAGAGACAGACGCAAGAUGGCUCUUCAGUUCUCCACCCCUCUCACUACACCACAACUACUGUCCACAUCAGCCAGUUCCCCCCAAAGAUGUGGUGUUCUUAAAGUUUUUGUUGUCAGUAGUACAGAAAUUAUGAGAUUAUGCAUAUUUGGUCAGAGGGGUAAAGAACAUUUAACAUGGUUACCAUCGUAAAAAGUCUUCAAUAGCUGCACACGCACUAUAACAGAACUGCAAAAGGCCAGUCAGGCUAAGGCUACAUCAUUCCUUAUUUUUAAUGUGUCUGUGAUUGGGUUGAACUCUAAAAGGUUGUGAAGGAGCAGUAUUCUCCUCCAGCCUCCACUCCCAUUCAGCACCAAUGCCUCAGACCUAAAUAGAUACCAAUCAUUUGGCAAUUCCUCGACAUUUAUUUCCACUGAAAAUAUGUUUGUUGCUGUGUUGGUUGAUGGUUUUUUUGUUUUUGAAUUGGUCAGGUGUGGUUUUGAGCAUGUGAAAUCAUCUUGUCAUAGUUGUGUUUUAGUUUGGUGUCCUUACAGGGUUGUUUGAGAGCUCGUUUCUCUCUUUAAUUUAGGGAAUUAGUGGAAAAAUAGCAAGUUGUGCAUAUCACUCAACCAAUCAAGACAUCUAUGCUCAUGGAGUCUAAAAAUGCACUGAUCCUGUUGUUUAGGGAGAUUUUAUACUAAAUCAGAUCAGAAUCAGAAAGACUUUAUUUAUCCCCAAUGUAGUUCAUAACAAAACAAAAGUCAACAGAAAAGGUAUGACUCAUUUACUUUGAUAACAUUUUGCAUCCAAGAUUAACAGGACGCUUAAUCAGGUUGAAAUUCAUACAUCACUUAAGAGAACCUGUGCAUUCCACCUUAAAAGAUGCAGGUAUAGGCAUUUCUGAAUUUGAUCAUAUGGUCAGGUAUAGCUGACUAAUGUAGAAGAUGCGCAUGCCACCAUAGGAACCGUGGUUGUACAACUUUAAAAAAGAAGCCCAUGACUUAAGCUAGUGUGCACAUGUGUCAACUUCUUACUGUUCUGUAAUAACUCUCGGCUGGCUUGUACUCAGCACCAUGACAGAGAAUCAGGAGCCUAUUGUUCUCCUACCAAGUCUUUAUCACUUCACCAUUACAACACUGGAAACACCUGAGUGCAAACUUUUCAUAGGCAUACAGUGUGUCAGUUUUAGUUUUGUUAUGAAAUAUGUUAACUUUGAAAAGAAGUGGUAGUAAUAGAAGUGCAUUUCUUUAUUCUAUGAGUGUAGAUAUAUAAUUACUUUGAGGCCUGUCUCAGAAAUUUUAAACAAAUGUUUAUUAGCAGACUCGGAGAGUAUGUUAAUGCGGCGUUAAAAAAAAAAAAAGCAACAGAGUCUCUUUUUAACCUUUUUUGUUACUGCUGCUUUUUAACACAGGACAAAAUAAAAGGAUACAGGAUCUAUUUCGCUAACUGAAGAGUGUAUAAAUGUUCUAAAGGUGAAAUGCAUAUAUAAUAUAUUAAAGUGAGAAUGAUUUUGGAUAUUGGAUUCAUUCCUGUGCCGUAGUAAGAGGUGCAUGUCAUUGAUGUUCUUAAUGGAUUCUGGUUGACUGGAUGGUUAUCUGUAUGAGCUGUUGUCUGAUUUGAAAUCCCACCUAUCAUGCAGUUAAGAUACUUGGAGGUACCCGGUGGGGCUAAAGGUUUCAGAUGUUAAGCCCACAGCCCCCUGCACAUUGUAUUACUUUCAUUCAAUGCGUACAAUGUGCAGCGUGCACUCACUAGAAAGGCAUGUGAUUCAGUGUGAGCACUGGUGCAGCACAGUCCUGCCAUAUCCAGGAAGCCUCUUAUGUCUUUGUAGAUGAUAUUUAUGUCUUUACGUAUUUAUUUUUGACAGAAUAUGAUGUUUUUGAGCAUGUUAAAUUGUGACUCUUAUUUCUCCCUUUCUUUCUGUGAGGCUCAGGUUAAGGGAUUUGUUUGCUUGUGUAUUUAGUGCAAACCUGUAAGUCGUGCAUUCAGACAUAUGCUGAGGCAUGCGAAGACAUAGCUUCAUCACAUGAAUUAUUUAUUUUGUAUUAUUUAUAACUUAAUUUAUUUGUAGUAUUCUUCCUAGAUUACACGUUGUGUUCUGCACUCAACUUUUUAAGAGAUGUUCAGUAGUAUUCAAUCGCUAAACUGUCCCAGCUUUUAGAUGUGUGUUUACAGUGCACAGUGUACAAAGCUUAAGAUGAUUCCUCGAGAGGAAAGUUAAACAUUCCAGUGUAAAACCUCUGCUCAUGUCCACAUGACUUUGGUGGGAAGUUUGUUUGUCUUUUGAUAUCAGUUAUGUAACUUUUAAGGCUAGGCUGAGCAUAGAACAGUUUUGUUUUUGUUUUGUUUUUUUGACCAUCGUCAGCACAGUGAAGCCUCGCUGAAAGUUUUUGAGCACUGUACUCGGGCGUUUGAAUGUACAGUUUCUAUAAAGAGGGUCUUGCUGAUGUGUUUAAAGCCAAAAACAUUGCUUGUUGGACUUGUGCUAUCAAACCUGUCUGGUAGUUUUUCUACUCUGUGCAGCAGCUCCAAACAUCAAAAGUGUUUUGGGAAUAAAGUGAAUAUGCUGAACACUUGAUUAAAAAGUGAUUCUUACCACAUUUGUCCUUUUUUUUUUUUUUUUUUUAAAUUUUGGUUAGUGUAUCUUACUGCAGCUGUAAACUUGCUAAUAACUUAGGAAAACACAUCCUCCCGUCCAGCUCCUCCUCCUCUUUCCUCACCCUGUUACAUAUAACCUGUGUAAAUAGGAACUUUCUGCCCGUCAGGCAUUAGGAAUGUGAAUUGUGCUGUAACUGUGUAAUGCCAGGUUUACUAAAAAUAAGGAAUCAAUAAACAACUUCUCAAAGCUGGA